GAACAGAUAAGAUGGCGAAUGAGCUUCAAUUGGGGUUAUAAAUAUGAAUGCACCGAGCUAAGGUGUCAGUUAGCCAAAUGCCUCUGUAAAGCUCAAACGUAAAUCGGCCGCGAUGAAAACAAAUAAAUCCUUAAGUCAUUAUAUUAUAUUCAAUGUGUUAACAGUGGUACUAAUAGUGCAGAUAAAAGCUGAAAAUAAAGCAACAUUACACAAACGGAGUUAUCGAAAUGAUAAUGGCCUAACUAUAAGUGAUUCGUUUAAUAAAGUUUUGCCAACCCAAAAAUUUAAUCGUUACCAAUCACAUAAAUACAAUGACGGGUCACAAAGGUUAACACUCGCAACAACAGUCUACAAUUUGACAAAAGCAGACGGAACUGAAGGUGACACUACCGUACAGGACUCACCACCAAUUCCUGACGAAACUACCACAACUGCCCAGGACUCAACGCCUGAAGAUAGCACCACUAUCGAGGAUGCUACAACUGCUCCUGACGAAAACACCACAGCUGGAUCUGAAGAUGACACUACCGUAGAGGAUUUAACACCGAUUCCCGACGAAACUACCACAGCUGGCCAGGACUCAACUCCUGAGGAUAGCACCACUGUCGAGGAUGCUACAACUGUUCCUGAUGAAAACAAUACAGCUGGAUCUGGUGAUGAUACUACCGUAGAGGAUUCAACACCGAUUCCUGAAGAAACUACUACAGCCGCCAAGGACUCAACUCCUGAAGACAGCACCACUAUCGAGGAUGCUACAACUGUUCCUGAUGAAAACACCACAGCUGGAUCUGGUGAUGAUACUACCGUAGAGGAUUCAACACCGAUUCCUGACGAAACUACCACAGCUGCCCAGGACUCAACUCCUGAGGAUAGCACCACUAUCGAGGAUGCUACAACUGUUCCUGAUGAAAACACUACAGCUGGAUCUGGUGAUGAUACUACCGCAGAGGAUUCAACACCGAUUCCUGAAGGAACUACUACAGCUGGCCAGGACUCAAGUCCUGAGGAUAGCACCACUAUCGAGGAUGCUACAACUGUUCCUGAUGAAAACACUACAGCUGGAUCUGGUGAUGAUACUACCGCAGAGGAUUCAACACCGAUUCCUGAAGAAACUACUACAGCUGCCCAGGACUCAACUCCUGAGGAUAGCACCACUAUCGAGGAUGCUACAACUGUUCCUGAUGAAAACACUACAGCUGGAUCUGGUGAUGAUACUACCGUAGAGGAUUCAACACCGAAUUCUGAAGAAACUACUACAGUUGCCCAGGACUCAACUCCAGAAGAUAGCACCACUAUCGAGGAUGCUACAACUGUUCCUGAUGAAAACACUACAGCUGGAUCUGGUGAUGAUACUACCGUAGAGGAUUCAACACCGACUCCUGAAGAAACUACCACAGCUGCCCAGGACUCAACGCAUGAAGAUAGCACCACUAUCGAGGAUGCUACAACUGCUCUUGAUGAAAACACCACAGCUGGAUCUGAAGAUGACUCUACCGUAGAGGAUUUAACACCGAUUCCCGACGAAACUACCACAGCUGGCCAGGACUCAACUCCUGAGGAUAGCACCACUGUCGAGGAUGCUACAACUGUUCCUGAUGAAAACACUACAGCUGGAUCUGGAAAUGAUACUACCGUAGAGGAUUCAACACCGACUCCUGAAGAAACUACCACAGCUGCCCAGGACUCAACGCAUGAAGAUAGCACCACUAUCGAGGAUGCUACAACUGCUCCUGAUGAAAACACCACAGCUGGAUCUGGUGAUGAUACUACCGUAGAGGAUUCAACAGCGAUUCCUGAAGAAACUACUACAGCUGCCCAGGACUCAACUCCUGAGGAUAGCACCACUAUCGAGGAUGCUACAACUGUUCCUGAUGAAAACACUACAGCUGGAUCUGGUGAUGAUACUACCGCAGAGGAUUCAACACCGAUUCCUGAAGAAACUACUACAGCUGGCCAGGACUCAAGUCCUGAGGAUAGCACCACUAUCGAGGAUGCUACAACUGUUCCUGAUGAAAACACUACAGCUGGAUCUGGAGAUGAUACUACCGUAGAGGAUUCAACAGCGAUUCCUGACGAAACUACCACAGCUGCCCAGGACUCAACUCCUGAGGAUAGCACCACUAUCGAGGAUGCUACAACUGUUCCUGAUGAAAACACUACAGCUGGAUCUAAAGAUGACACUACCGUAGAGGAUUUAACACCGAUUCCCGACGAAACUACCACAGCUGCCCAGGACUCAACUCCUGAAGAUAGCACCACUAUCGAGGAUGCUACAACUGUUCCUGAUGAAAACACUACAGCUGGAUCUGGUGAUGAUAGUACCGUAGAGGAUUCAACAGCGAUUCCUGAAGAAACUACUACAGCUGGCCAGGACUCAACUCCUGAGGAUAGCACCACUAUCGAGGAUGCUACAACUGUUCCUGAUGAAAACACUACAGCUGGAUCUGGUGAUGAUACUACCGUAGAGGAUUCAACACCGAUUCCUGAAGAAACUACUACAGCUGCCCAGGACGCAAUUCCUGAAGAUAGCACCACUAUCGAGGAUGCUACAACUGCUCCUGACGAAAACACUACAUCUGGAUCUGGAGAUGACACUACCGUAGAGGAUUCAACACCGAUUCCUAAAGAAACUACCACAGCUGGCCAGGACUCAACUCCUGUAGAUAGCACCACUAUCGAGGAUGCUACAACUGUUCCUGAUGAAAACACUACAGCUGGAUCUGGAGAUGAUACUAGCGUAGAGGAUUCAACACCGAUUCCUGACGAAACUACCACAGGUGCCCAGGACUCAACUCCUGAAGAUAGCACCACUAUCGAGGAUGCUACAACUGUUCCUGAUGAAAACACUACAGCUGGAUCUGGAGAUGAUACUACCGUAGAGGAUUCAACAGCGAUUCCUGAAGAAACUACUACAGCUGCCCAGGACUCAACUCCUGAAGAUAGCACCACUAUCGAGGAUGCUACAACUGUUCCUGAUGAAAACACUACAGCUGGAUCUGGUGAUGAUACUACCGUAGAGGAUUCAACACCGAUUCCUGAAGAAACUACUACAGCUGCCCAGGACGCAAUUCCUGAAGAUAGCACCACUAUCGAGGAUGCUACAACUGCUCCUGACGAAAACACUACAUCUGGAUCUGGAGAUGACACUACCGUAGAGGAUUCAACACCGAUUCCUAAAGAAACUACCACAGCUGGCCAGGACUCAACUCCUGUAGAUAGCACCACUAUCGAGGAUGCUACAACUGUUCCUGAUGAAAACACUACAGCUGGAUCUGGAGAUGAUACUAGCGUAGAGGAUUCAACACCGAUUCCUGACGAAACUACCACAGGUGCCCAGGACUCAACUUCUGAAAAUAGCACCACUAUCGAGGAUGCUACAACUGUUCCUGAUGAAAACACUACAGCUGGAUCUGAAGAUGACACUACCGCAGAGGAUUCAACACCGAUUCCCGACGAAACUACCACAGCUGGCCAGGACACAACUCCUGAAGAUAGCACCACUAUCGAGGAUGCUACAAAUGUUCCUGACGAAAACACUACAUCUGGAUCUGGAGAUGAUACUACCGUAGAGGACUCAACACCGAUUCCUGAAGAAACUACUACAGCUGGCCAGGACUCAACUCCUGAGGAUAGCACCACUAUCGAGAAUGCUACAACUGCUCCUGACGAAAACACCACAGCUGGAUCUGAAGAUGACACUACCGCAGAGGAUUCAACACCGAUUCCCGACGAAACUACCACAGCUGGCCAGGACUCAACUCCUGAAGAUAGCACAACUAUCGAGGAUGCUACAACUAUUCCUGAUGAAAACACUACAGCUGGAUCUGGAGAUGAUACUACCGUAGAGGAUUCAACAGCGUUUCCUGACGAAACUACCACAGCUGCCCAUGACUCAACUCCUGAAGAUAGCACCACUAUCGAGGAUGCUACAACUGUUCCUGAUGAAAACACUACAGCUGGAUCUGGAGAUGAUACUACCGUAGAGGAUUCAACAGCGAUUCCUGACGAAACUACCACAGCUGCCCAGGACUCAACUCCUGGAGAUAGCACCACUAUCGAGGAUGCUACAACUGUUCCUGAUGAAAACACUACAGCUGGAUCUGGUGAUGAUACUACCGUAGAGGAUUCAACACCGAUUCCUGAAGAAACUACUACAGCUGGCCAGGACUCAAGUCCUGAAGAUAGCACCACUAUCGAGGAUGCUACAACUGUUCCUGAUGAAAACACUACAGCUGGAUCUGGUGAUGAUACUACCGUAGAGGAUUCAACACCGAUUCCUGAAGAAACUACUACAGCUGGCCAGGACUCAAGUCCUGAAGAUAGCACCACUAUCGAGGAUGCUACAACUGUUCCUGAUGAAAACACUACAGCUGGAUCUGGUGAUGAUACUACCGUAGAGGAUUCAACACCGAUUCCUGAAGAAACUACUACAGCUGGCCAGGACUCAACUCCUGAGGAUAGCACCACUAUCGAGGAUGCUACAACUGUUCCUGAUGAAAACACUACAGCUGGAUCUGGUGAUGAUACUACCGUAGAGGAUUCAACACCGAAUUCUGAAGAAACUACUACAGUUGCCCAGGACUCAACUCCAGAAGAUAGCACCACUAUCGAGGAUGCUACAACUGUUCCUGAUGAAAACACUACAGCUGGAUCUGGUGAUGAUACUACCGUAGAGGAUUCAACACCGAUUCCUGAAGAAACUACUACAGCUGGCCAGGACUCAAGUCCUGAAGAUAGCACCACUAUCGAGGAUGCUACAACUGUUCCUGAUGAAAACACUACAGCUGGAUCUGGUGAUGAUACUACCGUAGAGGAUUCAACACCGAUUCCUGAAGAAACUACUACAGCUGGUCAGGACACAACUCCUGAAGAUAGCACCACUAUCGAGGAUGCUACAACUGUUCCUGAUGAAAACACUACAGCUGGAUCUGGUGAUGAUACUACCGUAGAGGAUUCAACACCGAUUCCUGAAGAAACUACUACAGCUGGCCAGGACUCAACUCCUGAGGAUAGCACCACUAUCGAGGAUGCUACAACUACUCCUGACGAAAACACCACAGUUGGACCUGAAGAUGACACUACCGUAGAGGAUUCAACACCGAUUCCCGACGAAACUACCACAGCUGGCCAGGACUCAACUCCUGAGGAUAGCACCACUAUCGAGGAUGCUACAACUAUUCCUGAUGAAAACACUACAGCUGGAUCUGGAGAUGAUACUACCGUAGAGGAUUUAACACCGAUUCCUGAAGAAACUACUACAGCUGCCCAGGACUCAACUCCUGAAGAUACCACCACUAUCGAGGAUGCUACAACUGUUCCUGAUGAAAGCACUACAGCUGGAUCUGGUGAUGAUACUACCGUAGAGGAUUCAACAGUGAUUCCUGAAGAAACUACUACAGCUGGCCAGGACUCAACUCCUGAAGAUAGCACCACUAUCGAGGAUGCUACAACUGUUCCUGAUGAAAACACUACAGCUGGAUCUGGAGAUGAUACUUCCGUAGAGGAUUCAACACCGAUUCCUGAAGAAACUACUACAGUUGCCCAGGACUCAACUCCUGAGGAUAGCACCACUAUCGAGGACGCUACAACUGUUCCUGAUGAAAACACUACAGCUGGAUCUGGUGAUGAUACUACCGUAGAGGAGUCAACACCGAUUCCUGAAGAAACUACUACAGCUGCCCAGGACUCAACUCCUGAAGAUAGCACCACUAUCGAGGAUGAUACAACUGUUCCUGAUGAAAGCACUACAGCUGGAUCUGGUGAUGAUACUACCGUAGAGGAUUCAACACCGAUUCCUGAAGAAACUUCUACAGCUGCCCAAAACCCAACUCCUGAAGAUAGCACCACUAUCGAGGAUGCUACAACUGUUCAUGACGAAAACACUACAUCUGGAUCUGGAGAUGCCACUACCGUAGAGGAUUCAACACCGAUUCCUGAAGAAACUACUACAGCUGCCCAGGACUCAAGUCCUGAAGAUACCACCACUAUCGAGGAUGCUACAACUGUUCCUGAUGAAAACACUACAGCUGGAUCUGGUGAUGAUACUACCGUAGAGGAUUCAACACCAAUUCCUGAAGAAACUACUACAGCUGCCCAGGACUCAACUCCUGAAGAUAGCACCACUAUCGAGGAUGAUACAACUGUUCCUGAUGAAAACACUACAGCUGGAUCUGGUGAUGAUACUACCGUAGACGAUUCAACACCGAUUCCUGAAGAAACUACUACAGCUGCCCAAGACCCAACUCCUGAAGAUAGUACCACUAUCGAGGAUGCUACAACUGUUCCUGACGAAAACACUACAUCUGGAUCUGGAGAUGCCACUACCGUAGAGGAUACAACACCGAUUCCUGGACAUGAUACUACCGUAGAGGGUACAACUGCGAUUCCUGACGAAACUACUACAGCUGCCCAGGACUCAACUCCUGAAGAUAGCACCACUAUCGAGGAUGCUACAACAGUUUCUGAUGAAAACACUACAGCUGGAUCUGAAGAUGAUACUACCGUAGAGGAUUCAACACCGAUUCCUGAAGAAACUACCACAGCUGGCCAGGACUCAACUCCUGAAGAUAGCACCACUAUCGAGGAUGCUACCACUGUUCCUGAUGAAAACACUACAGAUGGAUCUGGUGAUGAUACUACCGUAGAGGAUUCAACACCGAUUCCUGAAGAAACUACUACAGCUGCCCAGGACCCAACUCCUAAAAAUAGCACCACUAUCGAGGAUGCUACAACUGUUCCUGACGAAAACACUACAUCUGGAUCUGGAGAUGCCACUACCGUAGAGGAUUCAACACCGAUUCCUGAAGAAACUACUACAGCUGCCCAGGACUCAACUUCUGAAGAUACCACCACUACCGAGGAUGCUACAACUGCUCCUGACGAAAACACUACAGCUGGAUCUGAAGAUAACACUACCGUAGAGGAUUCAACACUGAUUCCUGACGAAACUACCACAGCUGCCCAGGACCCAACUCCUGAAGAUAGCACCACUAUCGAGGAUGCUACAACUGUUCCUGAUGAAAACUCUACAGCUGGAUCUGGUGAUGAUACUAACGUAGAGGAUUCAACACCGAUUCCUGAAGAAACUACUACAGCUGCCCAGGACCCAACUCCUGAAGAUAGCACCACUAUCGAGGAUGCUACAACUGUUCCUGACGAAAACACUACAUCUGGAUCUGGAAAUGACACUACCGUAGAGGAUUCAACACCGAUUCCUGACGAAACUACCACAGCUGGCCAGGACUCAACUCCUGAAGAUAGCACCACUAUCGAGGAUGCUACCACUGUUCCUGAUGAAAACACUACAGCUGGAUCUGGAGAUGAUACUAGCGUAGAGGAUUCAACACCGAUUCCUGACGAAACUACCACAGGUGCCCAGGACUCAACUCCUGAAGAUAGCACCACUAUCGAGGAUGCUACAACUGUUCCUGAUGAAAACACUACAGCUGGAUCUGGAGAUGAUACUACCGUAGAGGAUUCAACAGCGAUUCCUGACGAAACUACCACAGCUGCCCAGGACUCAACUCCUGGAGAUAGCACCACUAUCGAGGAUGCUACAACUGUUCCUGAUGAAAACACUACAGCUGGAUCUGGUGAUGAUACUACCGUAGAGGAUUCAACACCGAUUCCUGAAGAAACUACUACAGCUGGCCAGGACUCAAGUCCUGAAGAUAGCACCACUAUCGAGGAUGCUACAACUGUUCCUGAUGAAAACACUACAGCUGGAUCUGGUGAUGAUACUACCGUAGAGGAUUCAACACCGAUUCCUGAAGAAACUACUACAGCUGGCCAGGACUCAAGUCCUGAAGAUAGCACCACUAUCGAGGAUGCUACAACUGUUCCUGAUGAAAACACUACAGCUGGAUCUGGUGAUGAUACUACCGUAGAGGAUUCAACACCGAUUCCUGAAGAAACUACUACAGCUGGCCAGGACUCAACUCCUGAGGAUAGCACCACUAUCGAGGAUGCUACAACUGUUCCUGAUGAAAACACUACAGCUGGAUCUGGUGAUGAUACUACCGUAGAGGAUUCAACACCGAAUUCUGAAGAAACUACUACAGUUGCCCAGGACUCAACUCCAGAAGAUAGCACCACUAUCGAGGAUGCUACAACUGUUCCUGAUGAAAACACUACAGCUGGAUCUGGUGAUGAUACUACCGUAGAGGAUUCAACACCGAUUCCUGAAGAAACUACUACAGCUGGCCAGGACUCAAGUCCUGAAGAUAGCACCACUAUCGAGGAUGCUACAACUGUUCCUGAUGAAAACACUACAGCUGGAUCUGGUGAUGAUACUACCGUAGAGGAUUCAACACCGAUUCCUGAAGAAACUACUACAGCUGGUCAGGACACAACUCCUGAAGAUAGCACCACUAUCGAGGAUGCUACAACUGUUCCUGAUGAAAACACUACAGCUGGAUCUGGUGAUGAUACUACCGUAGAGGAUUCAACACCGAUUCCUGAAGAAACUACUACAGCUGGCCAGGACUCAACUCCUGAGGAUAGCACCACUAUCGAGGAUGCUACAACUACUCCUGACGAAAACACCACAGUUGGACCUGAAGAUGACACUACCGUAGAGGAUUCAACACCGAUUCCCGACGAAACUACCACAGCUGGCCAGGACUCAACUCCUGAGGAUAGCACCACUAUCGAGGAUGCUACAACUAUUCCUGAUGAAAACACUACAGCUGGAUCUGGAGAUGAUACUACCGUAGAGGAUUUAACACCGAUUCCUGAAGAAACUACUACAGCUGCCCAGGACUCAACUCCUGAAGAUACCACCACUAUCGAGGAUGCUACAACUGUUCCUGAUGAAAGCACUACAGCUGGAUCUGGUGAUGAUACUACCGUAGAGGAUUCAACAGUGAUUCCUGAAGAAACUACUACAGCUGGCCAGGACUCAACUCCUGAAGAUAGCACCACUAUCGAGGAUGCUACAACUGUUCCUGAUGAAAACACUACAGCUGGAUCUGGAGAUGAUACUUCCGUAGAGGAUUCAACACCGAUUCCUGAAGAAACUACUACAGUUGCCCAGGACUCAACUCCUGAGGAUAGCACCACUAUCGAGGACGCUACAACUGUUCCUGAUGAAAACACUACAGCUGGAUCUGGUGAUGAUACUACCGUAGAGGAGUCAACACCGAUUCCUGAAGAAACUACUACAGCUGCCCAGGACUCAACUCCUGAAGAUAGCACCACUAUCGAGGAUGAUACAACUGUUCCUGAUGAAAGCACUACAGCUGGAUCUGGUGAUGAUACUACCGUAGAGGAUUCAACACCGAUUCCUGAAGAAACUUCUACAGCUGCCCAAAACCCAACUCCUGAAGAUAGCACCACUAUCGAGGAUGCUACAACUGUUCAUGACGAAAACACUACAUCUGGAUCUGGAGAUGCCACUACCGUAGAGGAUUCAACACCGAUUCCUGAAGAAACUACUACAGCUGCCCAGGACUCAAGUCCUGAAGAUACCACCACUAUCGAGGAUGCUACAACUGUUCCUGAUGAAAACACUACAGCUGGAUCUGGUGAUGAUACUACCGUAGAGGAUUCAACACCAAUUCCUGAAGAAACUACUACAGCUGCCCAGGACUCAACUCCUGAAGAUAGCACCACUAUCGAGGAUGAUACAACUGUUCCUGAUGAAAACACUACAGCUGGAUCUGGUGAUGAUACUACCGUAGACGAUUCAACACCGAUUCCUGAAGAAACUACUACAGCUGCCCAAGACCCAACUCCUGAAGAUAGUACCACUAUCGAGGAUGCUACAACUGUUCCUGACGAAAACACUACAUCUGGAUCUGGAGAUGCCACUACCGUAGAGGAUACAACACCGAUUCCUGGACAUGAUACUACCGUAGAGGGUACAACUGCGAUUCCUGACGAAACUACUACAGCUGCCCAGGACUCAACUCCUGAAGAUAGCACCACUAUCGAGGAUGCUACAACAGUUUCUGAUGAAAACACUACAGCUGGAUCUGAAGAUGAUACUACCGUAGAGGAUUCAACACCGAUUCCUGAAGAAACUACCACAGCUGGCCAGGACUCAACUCCUGAAGAUAGCACCACUAUCGAGGAUGCUACCACUGUUCCUGAUGAAAACACUACAGAUGGAUCUGGUGAUGAUACUACCGUAGAGGAUUCAACACCGAUUCCUGAAGAAACUACUACAGCUGCCCAGGACCCAACUCCUAAAAAUAGCACCACUAUCGAGGAUGCUACAACUGUUCCUGACGAAAACACUACAUCUGGAUCUGGAGAUGCCACUACCGUAGAGGAUUCAACACCGAUUCCUGAAGAAACUACUACAGCUGCCCAGGACUCAACUUCUGAAGAUACCACCACUACCGAGGAUGCUACAACUGCUCCUGACGAAAACACUACAGCUGGAUCUGAAGAUAACACUACCGUAGAGGAUUCAACACUGAUUCCUGACGAAACUACCACAGCUGCCCAGGACCCAACUCCUGAAGAUAGCACCACUAUCGAGGAUGCUACAACUGUUCCUGAUGAAAACUCUACAGCUGGAUCUGGUGAUGAUACUAACGUAGAGGAUUCAACACCGAUUCCUGAAGAAACUACUACAGCUGCCCAGGACCCAACUCCUGAAGAUAGCACCACUAUCGAGGAUGCUACAACUGUUCCUGACGAAAACACUACAUCUGGAUCUGGAAAUGACACUACCGUAGAGGAUUCAACACCGAUUCCUGACGAAACUACCACAGCUGGCCAGGACUCAACUCCUGAAGAUAGCACCACUAUCGAGGAUGCUACCACUGUUCCUGAUGAAAACACUACAGAUGGAUCUGGUGAUGAUACUACCGUAGAGGAUUCAACACCGAUUCCUGACGAAACUACCACAGCUGGCCAGGACUCAACUCCUGAAGAUAGCACCACUAUCGAGGAUGCUACCACUGUUCCUGAUGGAAACACUACAGAUGGAUCUGGUGAUGAUACUACCGUAGAGGAUUCAACACCGAUUCCUGAAGAAACUACUACAGCUGCCCAGGACCCAACUCCUAAGGAUAGCACCACUAUCGAGGAUGCUACAACUGUUCCUGAUGAAAACACUACAGCUGGAUCUGGUGAUGAUACUACCGUAGAGGAUUCAACACCGAUUCCUGAAGAAACUACUACAGCUGCCCAGGACCCAACUCCUGAAGAUAGCACCACUAUCGAGGAUGCUACAACUGUUCCUGAUGAAAACACUACAGCUGGAUCUGGAGAUGACACUACCGUAGAGGAUUCAACACCGAUUCCCGACGAAACUACCACAGCUGUCCAGGACUCAACUCCUGAAGAUGGCACCACUAACGAGGAUGCUACAACUGUUUCUGACGAAAACACUACAGCUGGAUCUGGAGAUGACACUACCGUAGAGGAUUCAACACCGAUUCCUGACGAAACUACCACAGCUGGCCAUGACUCAACUCCUGAGGAUAGCACUACUAUCGAGGACGCUACAACUGCUCCUGAUGAAAACACUACAGCUAGAUCUGGAGAUGAUACUAGCGUAGAGGAUUCAACAUCGAUUCCUGACAAAACUACCACAGCUACCACUCCUGAAGAUAGCACCACGAUCGAGGAUGCUACAACUGCUCCUGACGAAAACACUACAGCUGGAUCUGAAGAUGACACUACCGUAGAGGAUUCAAAACCGAUUCCUGAGGAAACUACCACAGCUACCACUCCUGAAUAUACCACCACUGUCGAGGAUGCUACAACUGCUCCUGACGAAAACACUACAGCUGGAUCUGAAGAUGACACUACCGUAGAGGAUUCAACAGCGAUUCCUGACGAAUCAACCACAGAGGCAAAGGACUUAACUCCUGAAGAUAGCACCACCAUCAAGGAUGCUACAACAAUUACUGAUGAAAACACUACAGCUGGAUCUGGGAAUGACACUACCGUAGAGUAUUCAACCCCGAUUCCCGAAGAAACUACUACAGCUGCCCAGGACUCAACUCCUGAAGAUAGCUCCACUAUUGAGGAAGCUACAACUGUUCCUGAUGAAAACACUACAGCUGGAUCUGGAGAUGACUCUACCGUAGAGGAUUCAACACCGAUUCCUGACGAAACUACCGCAGCUACCCAGGACUUAACGACUUUUCCUGAAGAUAGCACCACUAGCGCGGGUGCUACAACUGUUCCAGACCAAAACACUACAAAGAAUACACCAGAAGAUAGCUCUACCAUAGAGGAUGCUACAAAGCUUCCAAACGAAACUUCUACAGCUACACCUAGAGACAGCACAACAAAACAGUAUUCAACGUCGCCAGAAGAAAGUACUACUGCAAGUGAGAUUACUACUAAUAAAGACAGCACUACGGUUGACGAUUCUACUUUGCUUCCUGCUGAAAGCAGUACAACUAAUCAAGUUUCUACUAAAGGACCAGAAGAAAAUACUACAGCGGACAUAAGCCCUACAAAGAAUCCAGGAGAAAGCACCACGAUUGAGGGUUCUCCACCGAAUCCGGAUAAAAAUACCACAGCAACAGGCGAUACGACGAGCAGUUCGACACCGUCUUUUUCAAGUUCCACAAGCACUGGGUCCGCAACCACUUCUUUCCCUGCCACCACGAAUUCAAAUAAACCACUGCCUUCUUGCAGUAGUGGGUAUCAAUAUAUACCCCAUCCAAAGAAUUGUCAUAAAUUCAUCCAAUGUAGUAAUGGAGAAGAAUUAAUUAUGGAUUGCCCAGGUAAUCUUUAUUGGGACUACCAGAAAUUAUAUUGCUGUGGAGAUCCAAGUGCUUGCUACAAUAAUGAUGAGAGCUCGAAUCCAGAGGAAAAUAUUUGCGGCCCUGGUGUGGAUUUUCUAGCUCACCCAACCGACUGUACCAAAUAUUUUCAAUGUAGUAACGGCGAGGCAUUUGAGCGCAAGUGCCCCGAUCCUUUGUACUGGAACCCUGAGAUAAAAGUCUGCGAUUGGUCAAAUAAAUACUGCAAUAAUCUACGAGCAAGUGAAUCGAUUUCCUGCGCAGUGGGUAUGAAUUUUGAUGUUUAUCAAAACGAUUGCUCAAAGUACAUCAAAUGCUUCGGUUUGAGAGGUAUUGUGAUGAGUUGUGAUGCAGGGCUUUACUGGAACCCCAUUAGUAAUGUGUGCGAAAAGUCACAGCGGUUCUGCACUUAACUAAUCAUUGCAGGUAUCUUCUUCGCCAGAGUACUAACUGAAACCAACAAAAUAGGCAGGCGAAAUAAAUAGUAAAAUUGUUAUAAAUAUAUUUAUUCUGUUAGGAUUACGUUCUGUUUACAAAUAACAAAUGUAUUAAAUAGUUAUUGUUCAAGCAUGAACACUAGGGCGGACCAAAAAUGAAAUCUUGUUCUCCCUCCCUCACGUGUAUGUUUGCCCAUGUUACGACUAAACAAGCCAGCGAUAAGACUAGAAUAAUAAUUUCAUGUUACCUACUGAAAAGAAUACUGUUUAGAAUAAAAUGAGUUGUUAAACAGAACUCAACGGUGAAGGCUGUUUUUCCUUAUUACGGAUAACCCUUACAGUUAUUAAAUACGAAAUGUAAACAUUCCUAGUAAACAGACCUAAUGUCCGGUUACAUGUUGAUAUAUUUAUAUGUUGCAAAAAAAUAUAUAUGCACAGAAUCGUUUCAAUUUCAUUAGGUUUUGAAGAUGUUCUACAUAGAUUUGCUUUUCGGAUGCAUGCAAAUUUGUUUCAACAGACUUAGGCACUUUGUUACUUUAUUGUACCCUGUAAAUGGAUAAAUAAAAAGAAUAUCCCAAUUUACAA